AAAUGUUUCUACUAAUUUUUUUUUCAAUCGCAGGCCUUUCUUUCUAUAUUCUUACAACUGUUUGACUAUCUAUAAAUAAAUAGCAAGAUAUUUCUUUAAAAAAAAAAAUCAACAUUUGCUGUAAGAGAUCAUUAGAAAUGUGUUUAGAAAGAGGAAAAUAUGGGAUAUAUAACAUUUAGUUUUAAAGAAAUUCUAUGCCAAUGUCAUAUUUAAUUUAAUAGGAUUUUAUAAGAGAAGAAGAAAUCGUUGGUAUCUUUAUAUUUUUGACUGGAUUACAAAUGAUAAACUCUUGUUAUUUAAUAUGGAAGAAGAGAAAUAUAUAUAUUCUUAUAAUGGUAUAAAUACACAAAAUACUCCUUAUUACAUAGUUUCACAGGCCUAUGGCAAUAACGUUAGUCAAUCGAUCUAUUCUCAGCAACAUUCUUUACGUAACGAUAAUCCUAAAAGCUCUCCAGUUAAUGUUACGAUCGGCUACAGAAAGCCAGUUAUAAAACGUAAAAGACUGAUAACAAACGAUGGAUGCAAGUUGUAUAUUAUACUUUCUUUGACAAUUCUAACGUUGAUAGGACUAGGAACUGGUCUAUAUUUUGGUUUUAGUUUUAAGCAAGAUAAAAAGGUUAACAUUGAAACAACAACAGAAAUAAAUUUUUCCCAAUCCGAUACAAUUGAUGGAAAUAUUCCGUUACAAACGCUAUUAUUUACUGAAAGUCAGAAAAUCUCCUCCUCUCGUGAUAGUGAAUUAUCAACUUCUAUAGCGUGGACCUCAGAGGGGAAAACUUCAAAGGAGUCUUUUUCAAAAAUAUCAUCAUACGUCUCAUCAGUAACGGAUAAAAUUAAAUUUGAAAAUGUAACAAUAAGAGCAGACGAUGAGGCAACAAAACAUCGGGAAGAGACUAGCUCUUUAUUUACAACGAACCCUCCUCAAAUCUCCGAUAAAACUACAGAAACGUCAACUGUUCCAGAUAAAAUUACUCCAAUUUCUAAUACUAUUUGGACAAGACUAACGAAAAAAGAAGAUUUUACUUCCAAACAACCGGCAACAACUAAAGACGAGGAUAAACAGACUACAUUAUCCUCAAGAGCAAGUACAUUUCCUAUUAAAACAUCUGAUAUGAUUCCCUCAAAUAGUUUGCCCGUUACAAAAAUCAAUUAUAGUCAAGAUAAUUUAACUAAGAAGCCUUUUAAGGGAAUAUCUACGACUAGAAAUGCAAUAGAAAAUACGUCCGUUAGACAAACUUUUCCAAUUGAUCUUACGGAUAGCACGAGCAAUCCUAGAGAGACUAAAAAACAAUCCGUUACAACUGAUGAUGGUUUCAACACCAAGUCGACUUCUAUCACGCUUGAAGCUAGACAAACUGAUAAAACUAAUCGUGUUUCAACAGUUUCCUUCGAAACCCAAACAAAAAUGGCUGUUACAGUUACAAAAUCGAUAAAACUUUCAACUAUGGAAUUAUUAUUAGCUAAUUUAACAACUGGUCCGACAGAUAGAGGGGAAGCCUCUACAGCAAAACUGCAAACUACUACUUUUACUCCCAUUAUUAAUAAUUGCGAAUCAUUAAAUGUUAUCGCUCCCCGAAUCAUAGGUGGAUCGAAUACAGUUCUAGGAGAAAUACCCUGGCAGGUAGAAAUGCUUCAUUUUUUUUUCUCCUUUUACAAACGUCUUUUUAACAUUGUAUAUCAAAAUAAAGCAAAAACAACAGAAUAUAAAUUAAUUAAUAAGCAAAAAUAUACAUUGUUUAAGGCCUUUUUGAAGAUAAAUAGAGUUGGAAUGGUUAGUAGGUGCGGAGCUGCUAUUAUCCAUGAAAGAUACUUAAUAACUGCUGCUCAUUGCGUAGAAAAGCAACCGUUUCGUGUAACUGCAAUUAUGGGAACAGCAAAUAUCAAGAGCCCUGAGAAAGUGGAAGUUCUUUGUACAGACUAUUAUAUACAUCCUAACUACUCAUCAUUGAAUUCCGAAUAUAAGAAUGAUAUUGCAGUCUUACGUCUUGAUACAGUAUUAUCUUUUGAUUGGAAAUUAGGACCAAUAUGCUUUCCUCAAAGGGAUUAUUCCGAAGAUAUUUCCUAUGAAUGCAAUUCAUCUGGUUAUGGUAGAAUCCGUAUUAAUGACGACAAAGUUAGUGACAUUUUAAGGAAAUCUUAUCAAAUAAUUGUUCCUGUAGAUGAAUGUAAAAAGCAUUUCUUAAACGAUGGUAGUCGUGUGACAUCACCAGACAUGAUAUGUUCUAGAGAUAAAUAUAAAAAAGACUCUGGUACUUGCAACGGUGAUUCUGGCGGUCCACUAUCCUGUUUUAUUGAUGGCCAAUGGAGAGUAUUGGGUAUCACUAGCUGGGGAAGAAAAAAUUGCUCAGAUGGUUUUACAGUCUAUUCUCGGGUUUGGACUUUCAGAAACUGGAUUAACACAGUAAUUAAGCUUACGAAUAAUUAAUCAAAUUGAAGGAGUUUAUCAAUUGUUAAUUCACAUAUGGAAUACUAAUCAGGAUAAAGAUGUCUUUCCUUUUCUGGAUUUUAUCAAAGCGAAAAAUGUAUAUAUACAGUAUAUAUAAUAAAAAUUAACGAAAACUGAUACUUAACAUAAUCUAUUAAUAGAAGUUCAAAGUUAAUCGAUAGAGAAGGAUA